AUACUUUCUCACUCUUCCCUCUCCCCAUUUCUCUAUCUCUCAUCAUUUAUGUUUUUUCUCCCUCCUUUUCUUAUUAUUUUUCUCUAUCGUGUCUCUCUCACCUAACCCAAAUUCCACCUCAUGAUGCCUCAGCUCCAAUAAAUCUCUGGAGAUACUUUUGUCCUCUUUUUGGGACUCUAAACCCUUUCGCUCUCAUCUUUUCUCCUUUUCCUUCUCUGUAACGAUCAUCGAAUGUGGGUUUAAUUGUUCCAAUUGAUGAAUCUUCGAAAUCAGAUCUCUCUGCGUUUCCUCUCGCUCUUAUUUGAUAAGGUAAAUCUCUUACAUGGUUUUCUCUUUCUAGCUUUCCCUUUGUAGAAAACCUUCAAAUUUGGUUUCGGUUUCGUGCCUUUGAUGGCUCAUCUCUGAUAAGUCUGUAAUUUUAUAGUUUUCCCCCUCAUUUCUAGGUCAACCUUGAACCUCUUGUUAACAUCAAGCCUUGGAUGGUGUCCAAUACUAAACUUCUUUUGAAAUCCUCAACUGGGGGUCUAAAUCCUCAAAUUAAGGGUUAAUUUUUUUCAGUCCGAGUCUCUGAUAGCCAUAUUAGGUCUUAAUUAUUGACAGCAAGGUUGGUGUCCAAUUAUAGGGUUUCAAAAUCUAUCUCAGGGUUUCAGAUUAGGUCCAGGACUGUCAUUUUAGGGUUACAAAUUUGUGAUUCUUUUUCCAUGGAGACGUCUGGUACUGGUACAGAAAACCUUCGGGGAAACACAAAUACAAGAAGAUAUGGCAUGAAUUUUUCUGCUUCAAAUUUAAUCCAGUCUCCAUUAUCUGCCCUACUAGAGUAUUCGGGGAUUUUGCGAGGAAGGCAAAGCCAUCAAGAAUCUGGGGAAAAUUUGGCUGGAAUAAUUUCGCGAUCAGAGGAUUCAAGUGGGGCUGAGGUCUCAAUUCGUAUAAUUGGGGCAGGAGAACAAGAGCAUUUGAGGUCAGGGUCGGCAGAUUCUGGUGAAGCCAGGGGUUUUUCCAGUGACCCAAUUGCUGGAAUAUCAGGGCCAAAUAUUGGUGCCCACGGAGAAGGCGAAGGGGCGUCUUCUUCUUCCUCUUCUUCUGCUCCUCUGGUUUCAGGUAUUGAUUCAGGAGCUUCAAAUCCUUCAGAGGAGGUGGGUAGUGGUGUUGGGGGUGGGAAUGGGAGAGAGUCUUCAUAUCAGAGGUAUGAUAUACAGCAGCUGGCGAAAUGGAUCGAGCAGAUUUUGCCAUUCUCUUUGCUUUUGUUGGUGGUUUUUAUUCGACAACAUUUGCAAGGUUUCUUUGUCACAUUUUGGAUUGCUGCGGUAAUGAUAAAGUCGAAUGACAUUCUUCGAAAGCAGACAGCUCUAAAGGGUGAAAGAAGGAUUACCAUCCUUGUUGGUAUCACUCUGAUUUUUGUACUUCAUGUGGUGGGGGUUUACUAUUGGUACAGAAAUGAUGACCUUCUAUACCCACUUGUGAUGCUUCCUCCAAAAGCAAUACCCCCAUUUUGGCAUGCUAUAUUCACCAUUGUUGUAAAUGAUACCAUGGUUCGCCAGGCUGCGAUGGUUGUUAAGUGUAUACUGCUGAUGUAUUACAAGAAUAGCAGAGGCCGCAACUAUCGCAAGCAGGGCCAAAUGCUAACCCUAGUUGAAUAUGUGCUCUUACUGUACCGUGCUUUGCUACCCACACCUGUAUGGUACCGGUUUUUCUUAAACAAGGAUUAUGGGAGCCUCUUUUCUUCUCUUACUACUGGUCUAUAUCUCACUUUCAAGCUGACAUCCAUUGUUGAGAAGGUUCAAUCAUUCUUUGCUGCAUUGAAGGCAUUAUCACGCAAAGAAGUCCAUUAUGGGUCUUAUGCGACAACAGAGCAGGUGAGGAUAAUCUUUGUGAUAUCUGCAAUUAGAUAUAUGUUUAAUGUUUUAGGAUUAUGUUACUAGUGUGCUAUGCCAUCU